ACACACAUGGGCAGUACACUGCGGUUCAUGAAUGUAAAUAGAAACAUUUAUUGCAGACUCUGAAUACAUGUGUGUUUUUCUGUGUAGGCUUUUACAAGUCAGGCAUGUAGCUGCAUUGAUGGAUCUAGAAAAGAGAAUUUGCUUAUGUUUAUUCAUACAAUGACACGAGAGGUGCUCAAGCUGCACCAUAUGUAAUAUUUUGAAAUGAAAGUGUGUUAGUCGUUAGGAGAUGGAGACAACAGCCCUGGUAGCUCCAGUAACAGCUCUGGAGUUUCUUCAGGAUGAGUUUCUUCUGACAGGUGAGGGUCCAGUCUUGACGGUCUACAGUCUCCAGCCUCAUCCUAAAGCCUCUGCGUCACUAAGUGUGCUCCAACACUACCGAAUCCAUGGGAUCAGACCCAGACAUCCCACAGCUGUCCCAGCACAGAGCUCUACCACAGGAUCCUGUGAGAAGAGGAAUGAUGAGCUGACCUCCACCUCGGGGUCCUUCUUUUAUGACCUGGCCGUGUUUGGAGGCAAGGCUGUGAGGCUGGUGAGGCUUCAUGUGGAUUUUCAGACAAGGGAGCAUGUGCACUUGGAAGUUAUGGGUCCCCUCAUGGAGCUGCAAGACUGGGCUUUGGAUGUUCACUGGCUUCCAGGAGACAAGCACUUACUGCUCUGCGUGGCUGUAGCCCAUAACAGUGCUCUACUCCUGGACAUCAACACAAAAAAAGUCCUGGUUCAGCGGUCCUGUCUUGAGGGGUGUCUGCUGUACUCUGCCCUCCUUCUGGUUCAUGAAUCCUGGGCAGAUACAGUCUUAAUAGGAGGGACAGUUUUUAACCAGCUUGUUCUUUGGAAGCCUGGAGGAGGAGAUGAAAAGUCUGAGCACAAAGCUCCUGUUGAGAGACGUCUGCUGGGCCACAGCGGGGUCAUCUUCAGCAUCUCUUACCUCCAGGAGAAAGGGUGGCUGGCUUCAGCCUCUGAUGACCGCAGUGUGCGGCUGUGGGGUGUCGGUGCGUUAGGAGGACCAGGAGGGAAAUGUGGAGACUUGAACCCAACUUGUUUAAGAGUUCUAUAUGGACACCAGGCCAGGGUCUUCUCUGUACAUCUCUCAUCAGGGAAAGUAUUUAGUGCAGGGGAAGAUGGGGCCUGUUUAGUCUGGGACUGGGCCGGAGGAGGCAAAGUGAUCCGGACUUUAAAGGGACACAGAGCAGGAGGGGUUCGUGCACUUGCAGUCAGUGAGGGAACAGGAGAUGAAGAGAGAUGGGUCGCUACAGGGGGAGCGGAUGGAGGGGUGAGGUUGUGGAGGGUGGAAGGGAAUGGAGAGAAGAAGGAGACAACAGAAGAAGCAGUGACAGAGAAGCUGACUGAUCUGAAGUUCCCAGGUCAAGGUCUGCCUAAAGUUGUUUGUAUAGCAGGGGGAGAAAGUGAAAAUGCAGGCUGGACUCAGAGUAGAUUUGUGGUGUGCACUGAUCAAGGACUCGUUUACCAGUACAGCGCUGGGCAGUGGGAGAUAGUCUGGCAGGGGACCUCUGAGUUUCAGUCUUAUUGUGUGAUGGAAUCAACCACCAUCAGAGUGAAAGACUCGACAGCAAAAGUAAGUUUGUGUGCUGUGGGAAACCUCAGUGGGUCAAUACAGGUGUUCCCUAUGUCUCAACCUCAGAGUGGGAUUCUUCUCACUGGUGGAUCAGGGAAGAUCCACAGUCUCAUAUGGCAAGAAGCAAAAGAGAGUCUGUAUUUGCUCGCAUCCGGAGCCGAAGGACUCGUCUAUCGCUGGUGCAUAAAAGUAGAGAUGGAUGAAAGCUGUUCCAUCACUGUUGGUGUAAAUCCCCUCCCUCCUUUCUUUCUUCCUCCAUGUGCCAAACGCUGGCUGACAGCAGCUGUGCUCCUCCACUCCACAUCACAGGGGCUGCUGUGGGUUUGUGGGGACAGGAGAGGGUCUCUUCUUUUGUUUCAGGAAGAAGGAAAAUUCCAGCAAAAGUUUGGGGAUGACAAGAACAUGAAUGAGGGCUUGGUGGCAGACGGGACUCAGACUGUUAAAGAAGGGCGGGUAGCUGAGGGUAGAGACGGCACUGGAAUUGGAAGAGGAGAGCCAAAGAUUAAAGAACUGAAAGACCAAACACUUCAUUCACUGAGCUGCUUGUUUGGGGUGCAUGGAAAACAGGGAGUAACUUCAGUGUGUGAACACCAGGGACUGCUCUACAGCACUGGCAGGGAUGGUUGUGUGAGGGUCUUUAGAGUGUGUCCAACACCACGAGGAAAACCUGAAGAAAAGGUUCCAGAAAGUCUUCAGCUGGAGGUUCUCAGAGUUCAGCGAGCCUGCAAGGGAAUGGAGUGGCUGGAGAGGGUUUUGUUUCUUGAAACUGGCAUUCCAGUGGAAGACAAAGAGGAGGAGGAGCUCAGAGGGGAAUUUGAGAACCACUAUAGGACAAAAAGUCCAAAUGUGAAAGAAGGUUUAGUGGAAGGGAGCUUUGAAAGAGAAGAAGAAAAGACAGAAAACAAGGGAAGAGAAGCCAGGUUUGUCAUCCUGGGCUUUCAUGCAGUCCAGUUUGUCGUCUGGGACCCGGUGAGGCAGGAGAAACUGUUAGCGGUGCCUUGUGGUGGGGGGCAUCGCUCUUGGAGUCUCUGGCCAUCAAAUAAAGGAGUGUGGCCCGGAUAUGGAGCGCUGGUCUUCAUUAAACAGGGAGCUGUCCUGACUUCACAACCUCCAGGAGAGGAACCGAGUUGGGCAGGGAGGGCAGGGAGGACUGGUGGAUGGGGACUGAGGGAGGGUGUCCAUGGGAAGGGGAUUGGGUGUGUUUGCAGGCUAGGAAGGAUCAGGGGAAUUGGGAAUCAGAUUCAAUCAAAGAGUUCUGGAAACAUGACGGACAGUGAAGAGGAUUCCUGGGAGAUCGUGGUGACAGGAGGAGAGGACACCAGCUUAACCGUCCUGGCGAUUAAUCCCGACUCCGGCAGCAUCAAAGUUCUGUCCGUCAUUACAGACCACAUCUCAAGCGUCCGAACAAUAACAUCAAUAACACAUCCAGAGGGAGGCAGUGGAAACCAGACUCAGUCUCUUCACGCCCUGCUCGUGUCAGCCGGUGGGCGAGCUCAGAUGCAGUGCUACCGGCUGUUGGUCACCUGGGACACGCAGAGACAGAUUCCUUCCUGUCAGGUGAUCCAGGUGGCCAGUCACCGAUUGGACGACCAGUGGGAGAGACGGAGGAACCGACACAAAACUGUGAAAAUGGACCCAGAGACGAGGUACAUGUGUGUAGUGGCUGUGGAUGAAACACCAGGCAGUGUUCUUCUGGCGGUCGCCUGCAGUGACGGAGCUCUUAGAUUUUUCUCGGUCAGCGAAGUCAAACGUCAGAUUGAUUUGUUAUGGGAAACAUUUUACCAUCAGCGCUGUGUGCUCAGUGUCGCCACCUGCAGCCUGGAGGACAGUCAAGGCAACAGGUAUACUCUGCUGUGCAGCGCAGCAACAGAUGGUAAAAUUGCUGUGUGGAAUUUGACUGAGCCUUCCUUCUUAUCAACUGAUUCUUCAAGCUGCACCCUGACUCCACCAAUCCCUUGUCUCCUCAUUCCCGCCCAUCAGAGCGGCGUCAACUCAUUGGCUGUCUGGAGAGAGAAUGUGGGACAACACGAGGACCGUUGCUUGGUAACUGUUGCUGGCGGAGGGGAUGAUGGGCAGCUGACGGUGUCCACAAUUAGGGUGCAGUACCCAGAAGAAGGGAAGACCGGGGGCAGCAGAGGGUCUUCUCAGAUGUCUGAGCCUCCAGCUCUAAACCAGAUGUCUCUUGAUCUCCACUCCCAGUCCAACACCCUGCUGGCUCACGCUGCCCCUCUGACGGACCUGAAGCUCCUGAGCCCCGGUCUCUUGGUCACCACUUCUUCAGAUCAGAGGGUUUGCCUGUGGAAGUUCAGCAGUGCCGGUAUAAACCACAGGGAGGCGGUGUACUCCCACGUUGCAGAUGCUGCAGGACUUGCUGUGUGGGAGGGAGAGAUGAUGGUGCAGCAGGAGGAAGAUGACAAGAGGAAAACAGGGUUUGAGUCUGAGCUGGAGAUUGCAAAAGUGGGGCAGAAAGGGGGUCCCACGAGUUUAAGGAUGAGGUGUGAGACAGGAGGGAGAUUCAAUGAGGAUAAGGAGACAGCUGAUGAGGCCAAGAGAGGAGAACCUGAUGAAGUUGAGAGUGGGUCAGGUCACCAUGUUGGUUCAACCAGUGAUGAGAAACAAGCAGAGGCGAGGGGAUGGGUGCUGGUCUGUGGACAGGGCCUCCAGCUGUUAAGAGUCAAAAAUGCAGAGAUGGAGACUGCUAGAGGAGGAGCAGGACAGCACAAGGAGGAUCACAGAGUUAAAGUGACUUUGCAAGAGAAGUCAACGUGAGUGGGAUCAAAAGAUGACAGCGCUCCAAAGAACUACUUCAAAAUUAGACGAGGACCUCAGACUUCAGAGGUUCUCGUCUGUAAUAGUUUGACCAAUUCACAAUGAGCCUCUGUUUGAUACCGACACAAGAGCAGACUCUGAAAGUCUUUUUAUUUUAUAAAAUGCCUUGAUUGCUCUUGAACCAUUAUUUGAUAGACAAUCAUGAGUGGCCCGACAUGACCAAGGUCAGAUAGAAAUCUUGGUCUGCUUUAACUCAACAAAUGAAUAUAUUAAAUUUUACUUUUGUAAUUUAAAGAAAAGAUUUUUAAUAAAGUUUUUUAUUCUCUAUG